UGCAGAUUGACCAAUAAAAUCAUCGAAACUCUCUUUUGUCAUCUCCAACCACCGGCCAGGUUUGAUGUCAACGAAAAUCUGUGGCAUGAUUGCCGCGCGCCUUUGUCAGAUUCUCCAGCUGACGUCGUCGUUAGAAGAAAGCUUGUAAGAAGGCUAAAGCUACUUUGCUGCAGAAUUCGGCGUAGGCUAGUCAGCCGGCUGGCUUAUGCAAGUGCGCCGGUGAAGCACGCGCGUAGGCUACCUAGGCUGCCUAGGCUACGGCACCUCACCAGCCAAAGCUAACGCUAUGAAAGAACCAGCGUGUUCUAUAAGUUCUUCAUUUCACGAAUAUCCUCCCACCAUCCAACAAGUAGUUUUCCGUUUGCUUCCAUUGAUUUUGAAUUUGCCACCUCGACAAAUACGAUUUCUCCCUGUUGUCCUGGCAAUCAUUAGAUUCGUUUGCCUCUCAUUUAGUGUGUCACCACCUUCAUUCUAGUUUCAGUUUCAUCACUUUCCAAUAACGUCUGAACAUGGCUCUUAUUGAAACCCUUAUUUGCCGUUCUGAUCAACCAGGCCAGAGCAGCGUCCUUGGCAUUUUGGAAGACUCGCCAGAAUGAACCUGAAACCCACUCGGAUGGGCAAAGAGGCGUGGAUCGGGAGCAAGGAGAAGAACCGGAUCAGACCUCCUCAGCGCAAUUCCCUACCCUCCAUUCCUUGCUUUACUCGCCACAAUUCUGGACGCAAGCUUUACUUGCCAUCAAUUACCUGAGCACAUGGAGUACGUUGGACGAUCAAAAUGUGGCCCAAGAUGAUCUGGUCCCCUUGGUUCGACCCUGGUCAGAUCAUCAAGUACAUGAUCUGCUUGGACAAUUGGUCCCUGACCCAGUGGUUGCCGCCCAAAUGGCCCCCCUUCCCGAAGAGCCUGUGGAACCUCUCAAUAACAAGGAAGUGCCCGAUUACAUUGUUGAGGGGACGAUACGAGCUCAAAGGAAGAAUUCAAACAGCUCCGUUUUCUACGUGGUAAAUGAUCAAGACCAAAUCAUCGUCAACCAAGAGACGAACAGGCCAAAAGUUAUUUGUUACAAAUGCUUCAAGGAAUUGCAAGAUGAACACUCCAUUUAUCGGCAUUUGCAAAUCCACGACAAGUCCAACCGUCACCAAUGCCCCAUCUGUGCCAGUAGUCACGUUCAAAGAUACAAUUUGAGGAUCCAUAUGGAGACCCACAUUGGGAUGGACGUGCCUCAGGAAAUCAAGGACACUUUGCCCCACGAUUUCCGGGGCAUUAUCGACGGCGAUCCGGAUAUUAUCAACCCUGAAAAGUUUCAAAAGAAACUUGCCCGAGCCUUGAAGAAGAGGAUCAAGACCACUACUUGCAUCGAAACUAUUCAAAGUCUUCAAAGCAAGCUAUUAUCCUUGGAACAUGGGAAGGCGUGAUAAUAAAAUGGAAUGACCAAUUUGGUGCUUGACUGAUUACAUUCAAUUACGGAUAGCACGAUCUAGAAUGAUUAGGAAGCAAAAGGCCAAAAAUAGUAUGUUUUUACAUAUUUCAAUAGUCAAUUUUGAUGAAAAUAUGCGACUCAAAAUGAUCAAGCAAUUCUUUUCACAAAUGUUGCUCUUUGCCCAGGUUUUUGAUAUUUUGAAUCCAACCCUGUCAUUUUGAUUCGCUGCAAGAUAUCCUAAUUAAAGAAUCCAUAUUCCCUUUGCAACCCUUCAUGUUGACCACUUUGAUUUUUUGAAAUUCCCGUACUCCAAAGGAAACUUUUAGACGCUAACCAGAUCUACAGACUGGAAACCAAAAACUGAUGCGGGACAUGAAUCUGCCUAACGGAAUUUGGAAAUGGACGAUGUAAUGGCUGGCUUCGCUGGCGGG